UCCUGUUAAGGUAAAUAUUAAUGUGAAUUGCUUCCCCUUCCUCCUUUCUCUUUCUUCCUCCCCCCCUUCUGUCAAAGAGAAAAACACUCCUCAUUAUUUUAGAGACAUAAUGCAUUUUUGGCUAGCGUUGACUCAUGGUUGACUGAUAUCAUGUAUCCUUCCAAGGAUGAACCUGAGUCACCCAUGAAUCAACCGGUUAUAAUACAAAGAGAAGAAACGACCCUGUCAAAGCGUUUGGGAUUUGAAAAGAAAAUGUUCCUGUUGGCAAACUUGAUCUUACUUCACCGUCCAUAUGUUCAUGAGAUGGUACGAAACAACAAUAGUCGUCCCUCAAAUGAUAUUUGCAGUUAUGCUGCCAUCAUGAUCACAGACUCUGCUUAUCGUUUGGAUGUCAAUGAGUUGAUUCAGUAUCAUUCAAAGUCAUCUAUCUUGGCUUAUGCCCUGAUGAUCGCGCUUCGUAUACAUGUCAUGAACGCGGCUACUCCCAGUUAUGCCGAUAAAUUCAACGCAGAUAAAAAUUACAGCUACAGCAUCGAAAUUAUAUCCAAGCUACCUCAAUGUGCUACGGGUCACUCUUUAUUGAACUGUGCCCUACAAGAUCUUCAAGGACAGUACCGAAACUGUAAGAGCGUUGAAAGGGAGCACAGUAUGACACCGAUACCGAUGACACCUAUGGAUAUACCACAAGAUGAACAAAAAAAGAAGAAAAGGAAAGAAAGAGAAGAUCCAGUCAUCCCGACCAUUAGACAAUAUCAGCAUGGGAAGAAGAGAAAAAAAGGAAAAUCAUCUGCCAAACAGAAACAGGAGCAGAUGAACCUAAUCCAUAUGAACAAUAGUCAAUUGAGUCAAGACAAGCAGGAAGAGAAAGAACAGACUCAGUGUGAAGCAUCAUUCAUUCAAGAGCAACAUCAUCAACAACAGUCAUUCAUUGACAAUAAUAUCCAGCAUUUUAUACCAGAAGAAUUACACUUGAACAUAGAUCCAUAUCAGCAUUUCUAUAAUGAACAAGUUUAUAACCAACUUUUAUUCCAAGAUGACGGUGUCAUAUCUAUUGACUAUGACUUUUGUGAUCAAGAUAACAACGUCCAAGAAUACUGUGUUGAUCUUCAAGAUAAUUUAGGAGUAUCCAUACAAUUAGCAUCCAAAAAGCAUCAAUAAAAAAUAUUGUUAGUUUUCAUUGUCCCUUCUGGUCUCCUUUUUUUUUUUGAUGAUAUCUGUCUAUCC